UACCUCGAGCUUUUUUCUUUCUAGGAGGUGUUGGCUUAGUUUUCUUUGAAAUUUAGGAGAGGAGGGGCUUAGGAAGAUCUUGCUCAAGAUCGAGGUGUGGGCAGUAGGGGAGUUUGCCUCACCCAAUGAGAGCUCGCUGUUCACCCCGCGGGUGAUCACGGACUACUUUGAGGUGCUUGAGUGCGUCACGUUUGAGAUGUUGGGUUCACCCACCCUGCUGCAGCGGGAGCGCCGACUAAGGCUACUUUGUGUCCUCAUCACUAGCCUCAGCAAACUAGCCGUGCGCUCUCAAGACCUGGUGCCUAGGGCUUUGCUCUGUUUGUCCAAGACCGGCCAAGUGUGCGGGACGGAGUGUUCGGGGCCUAGGGCUGUUCUGGAACGCAGGGUCGCCGAGCUGAGGGCGGUCCUCGAGAGCUCCGGUGCUGCUUCUACAAUCCUCACACCGCCAAAGGAAGAUGAGUUGAAAAGGUGUCAUCGAGACCUGACGCAACUGCCCGGCCUCGUUCGUCUCGUAUCUGCCAUGAUGGUGAACGAGGGAUCGCCUCGGUGAUUCAGAUUUAUUUAAAAGGAUUCAAACACAAAUAAAAUAGUCUGUUUUGUA